AUGAAGGGGCAAGAACGAAUUCUGAACCUCCGGGUGCUGCUUUCACCUGUCGGCGUACUCCCCUCUCGCUAUAUUAAUCCAACAACAUCGAGGGCAGAUAUGGACAAUAAUGGCUCGUCCUCUUUCGGUGAUCAAUCCUCCCCUGGCAAGGAUCAGUCUUCGGGUGACGGUAAUCAGCGAGGUCGUGGGGCGACUAGUCAGGAUUCAGGCUCUAGCAAGGACACUUCUCCACACGCAGGUGUCGAUUUGGUGGUAUACACUUCCUCGGACGCUCAGAUUUUUACCCCUUCGGCGCGGUUCUUCUGCGAGUUCUUCAUGACGAUCAACAAGGUCGAAUCGACGCCACCGUUAGCCGGAAUGUGCUCCAUGCAGAUGUUGGCCCUUCAACUUUUGAUACUUAAAGCGAAGACAAUCAGCGAGGACUCAAUACGACGGACGCUCUAG